AUGAAUACAGUUAGUGAGGUUGUGAGCGGAGCUGCUCUAGGAGCCGCUUUGGAGCUGCUGUUGAUAUCAAUAGUAAUUCCCGUAACUCUGAAGCUGGCCCGUUUCAGCUCAGACCUCGACCGUUUGAGAUCAACUCUCCGCCUCAUCCAACCCAUCAUCGUCCAACAUGAUGACUUGGUCACUCGAGCAGAGAAUAUGGUGCAUAGGUGUUCCCAGUUGAAAUGGUGGAGAUUUUUUAUGAGACUAUACUACUCGGUGAAGCUGAUCCAGCUGGAAGCUGAGCUGCUUGUCUUCUUGCAGCUGAAUGUUGUGGCCCUUAGUGUUAGGGUUUCGGCUUCGGUGAGCCAGUUGGAGGAGAAAGUGGAUGAGGCUAUUGGGAUAGUAAUCGAAUUGUAUGCAGUUGCCAAUUAUGAUAUUGUUCGUGAUUGCGGCUCAUCCGUGUCUCCCGAUUCUACUUAA